ACCUAAACACUGGACAGGGAACUGAUAAACAAACAACAACAAAUAACGCGGUGCGUAAAAGCUCUCCACGGCGGUGCUUCUGGGUGGAAACUGUGCCAAGAGCAGAGAAGACUGACGUGAUUUUUUAUUUUAUUUUUUCUCUCUGUGUGAGCAAACAAACGAGGAUAUCUUAAUUGGACAUGUGAGUUACGGGAGUUAACAAGACAAGCAGCCCCCUUUUCGAAGAUGAAGUUCCCCGCUUGCGUCCUCGUCACUUUGCUGGUGAUCGGAUCCGGUGCAGCACAGUCAGUUUGUCCGGGCACUGAGAACAAGCUGAGUACUCUGUCGGACCUGGACCAGCAGUACCGCACCCUCAAGAAGCUCUACGAGAACUGCGAGGUGGUCAUGGGCAACUUAGAGAUCACCAGCAUCGAUCGGAACCGCAACCUCUCCUUCCUCAAGUCAAUCAGAGAAGUGACCGGCUACGUGUUGGUGGCUCUCAACCAGUUCGACUACCUGCCACUGGAGAACCUGCGGAUCAUCCGAGGCACCAAGCUGUACGAGGGUCGCUACUCGUUGGCCAUCUUCCUCAACUACAGGCGGGAGGGAUACUACGGCCUGAGACAGCUGGGCCUGCGCAACCUCACAGAGGUACUGAACGGGGGAGUUUAUGUUGACCAGAACAAAUUCCUGUGCCACGCGGACACCAUCCAUUGGCGUGACAUUAUCAAGAACCCCCAGGCGGAGCUGCUGGUGGUGCCAUCCAACAACAGCAACCUUGGCUGCAGACGCUGUCAUCGCUCAUGUAACGGACGCUGCUGGGGCCAUCAGGAGGACCAGUGUCAGACCUUGACAAAGACGGUGUGUGCAGAGCAGUGUGACGGUCGAUGCUUCGGGCCUUACGUCAGCGACUGCUGCCACCGGGAGUGCGCCGGCGGCUGCUCCGGCCCCAAGGACACGGAUUGCUUCGCUUGCACCAAUUUCAACGACAGCGGAGCGUGUGUGACCCAAUGCCCUCAGCCGUUCGUCUACAACCCCACCUCCUUCCAGUUGGAGCACAACCCCAGAGCCAAGUACACUUAUGGAGCCUUCUGUGUCAAGAAAUGCCCACAUAAUUUCGUGGUGGACCACAGCUCCUGCGUCAGAGCGUGCCCUAGCAACAAGAUGGAAGUGGAGGAGAACCGCAUCAAAAUGUGCAUCCCCUGCACCGACAUCUGUCCCAAAGUGUGCGACGGCAUAGGGACGGGCAGCCUGCAGACGGCGCAAACAGUGGACGCCAGCAACAUUGAUAAGUUUGUCAACUGCACCAAAAUCAACGGGAACUUAAUCUUCCUCAUUACAGGGAUUAAAGGUGACAUGUAUCAUGGUAUCGGACCUAUGGACCCCGAACACCUCAACGCGUUCCGCACUGUGAAGGAGAUCACAGGAUACCUCAACAUCCAGUCUUGGCCUGAGAACAUGACAGAUCUGAGUGUUUUCUCCAGCCUUUCAACCAUUGGAGGUAGAUCCUUAUACAGUGGAAGUGGUAUUUCCCUGUUGAUCUUGAAGCAGCGUUGGAUCUCCUCGCUUCAGUUCCAGUCGCUGGACGAGAUCAGCGCCGGGAACGUGUACAUCUUCAACAACAGCCGCCUGUGCUUCUACAACACCGUCAACUGGACGUCGCUCUUCAGGACGUCGAGCCAGAAAGUCCUCAUCCGCAACAACAGAGAGCCCAAGGAAUGCUCUCAGCAGCGCAUGGUGUGUGAUGGCAUGUGUUCGGACGACGGGUGCUGGGGCCCGGGGCCCGACCAGUGUCUCUCCUGCAGGUACUUCCGGCGAGGCCGCACCUGCGUGGAGUCCUGCAACCUUUUUGACGGGGAGAUGCGGGAAUUUGCCAAUGGAUCUGUGUGCCUGGAGUGUGAUAGCCAGUGUGAGAAGAUGGAUGGGAAUACCAUGACAUGUCUUGGACAGGGCCCGGACCAAUGUGUGAAAUGCCUCCACUUCAAAGAUGGACCCAACUGUGUGGAGAAGUGCCCCGAUGGGGUGCAGGGGGCCAACGGUUUCAUCUUCAAGUACGCCAAGGCCAACAACGAGUGUCAUCCCUGCCAUGCCAACUGCACCCAGGGGUGCGUCGGGCCGAGGCUCCAAGAUUGUGUCGGGAUGAUGGACAGGACACCGCUAAUAGCAGCUGGCAUCAUCGGCGGACUAUUUAUCAUCGUCAUUCUGGCGCUCAGCGUGGCCGUCUCUGUCCGGCGCAAGAGCAUCAAGAAGAAGAGGGCCCUGCGGCGCUUCUUGGAGACAGAGCUGGUGGAGCCCCUGACCCCCAGCGGAACUGCCCCCAACCAGGCUCAGCUGCGGAUCCUGAAGGAGACGGAGCUGAAGAGGGUCAAGAUUCUAGGUUCAGGAGCUUUUGGAACCGUGUACAAGGGCAUUUGGGUGCCAGAAGGUGAGACGGUGAAGAUCCCUGUUGCCAUUAAAAUCCUCAACGAGACAACCGGCCCCAAAGCCAACGUGGAGUUCAUGGACGAGGCCCUGAUCAUGGCCAGCAUGGAGCACCCCCACCUGGUGCGUCUGCUGGGCGUGUGCCUGAGCCCCACCAUCCAGCUGGUCACGCAGCUCAUGCCCCAUGGCUGCCUCCUCGACUACGUGCACGAGCACAAGGACAACAUCGGCUCGCAGCUGCUGCUCAACUGGUGUGUCCAAAUCGCCAAGGGGAUGAUGUACCUGGAGGAGAGGAGGCUGGUCCACAGAGACCUGGCGGCUCGCAAUGUGCUGGUGAAGUCGCCCAAUCACAUCAAGAUCACCGACUUCGGCCUGGCGCGGCUGCUGGACGCCGACGAGAAGGAGUACAACGCAGACGGGGGCAAGAUGCCCAUUAAAUGGAUGGCUCUGGAAUGCAUCCACUACAGGAAGUUCACCCAUCAGAGUGACGUGUGGAGUUAUGGAGUGACCAUCUGGGAGCUGAUGACAUUCGGAGGCAAACCGUACGACGGCAUCCCCACGCGAGAAAUCCCCGACAUCCUGGAGAAAGGGGAGCGUCUGCCGCAGCCGCCAAUUUGCACCAUAGAUGUCUACAUGGUCAUGGUGAAAUGCUGGAUGAUUGACGCAGACAGCAGACCCAAGUUCAAAGAGCUGGCUGCUGAGUUCUGCAGAAUGGCCCGGGACCCCCAGCGGUACCUAGUCAUCCAGGGGGAUGACCGCAUGAAGCUUCCCAGCCCCAAUGACAGCAAGUUCUUCCAGAGCCUUCUGGACGAGGAGGACCUGAAUGACCUGAUGGAUGCGGACGAGUAUCUGGUGCCUCGAGGCUUCAACAUGCCUCCUCCGUCAUACACAACCAGGCCUCGUGUCGACUCAAACAGAAACCAGUUUGGCUAUCGAGAUGGGGGUCCAAUCCCUGCAGAGGCCUCUGUGGCAGGGGCCCAAGCCGGCGUAAACCAGGAAGCAACAGGUGGACCGGGCCCGGCCCUGGAGGACCAACGCUGUAACGGAAGCCUGCAUAAGAAGAGCCUGAGCCAGGCUGCGAGAGAGGACAGUGGGGGCCAGAGGUACAGCGCCGACCCCACAAUCUUCUUGGGGGAGAGGGCGCCAAGAGGGGACACUGAUGAGGACGGAUACAUGACACCCAUGAAGGACAAGAGCUCCUCAGAGUAUCUGAAUCCCAUUGAGGAAAACCCGUUCGUCACACGACGUAAGAACGGGGAGAUCCACGCCUUGGACAACCCGGGCUACCACAGCACACCCAACAGCCAGCUGAAAGGAGAGGACGAGUACAUCAACGAGCCGCUGUACCUGAACACCUUCCACAGCCCCGCUGAUCUGGGCCUGGAAGUUCUGAGGAGAAAUGGUCUGCCCCUACCUUCCCAACCUACUUGCUCUGUUGCUUCUUCAGGCUCCCACCUCCCGCUUACAAUCCAAACCAGCCUGCCCCACUACCCCCUCGCCACGGCCCAGCCCUCACCAUCUGGCCUGCCUUGUCACCACGGCCCAGCGACCCAUAUCCUCCACACCCACCACGCCAUCAAACCGGCAGGACAACCUGGAAAUCCAGGUGGCGGUGUCGCCAGCCAAACAGGGACUUCUGCCCAGGCCCAGGUCUGCCAAUCUGGGGCCCUGUCCAAUUCGGCCACCAUGGGGCACGGCAGCCUGCCAGCCUACCAGAUCCACGCCACCUCGCACCCCGCCAGCUUGCUGAAGCACGGACAGACAACAGGUAAAGUCAGCGGGAAGAAGCUGAAGGUGACCUUUGACAAUCCGGAAUACUGGCAGCACAGCUUGCCUCCAAAAUCGUCCAACCAGGUGAUCCCGGACGGUGCACAGGGCGGUUCCACCAACGCCAAGCUCUUCUACAAGCAGAACGGACAUAUACGGCCGGCAGUAGCUGAAAACCCUGAAUACAUGUCGGAGUUUUCCCUGAAGUCCGGCACCGUCUUGCCUCCUCCACCCUACCGGCAGCGGAACACUGUGGUCUAAAUCGUUCUACUUGACAAACGUUCCUCAAUCUGACUCUAGCCUCCAGCAAACCCAGACAUCCUCUCCGGUUCCACUGUCCCAUACAAAGGGGAGCGGCAACAACCAGAGCCCCCAAUUAUUUUCAAACAAUGUGCCAUCUGCUGUAGAUUGUAGCGACAUCCAGAGGAGGUGGACCGAACCGAGCCAAGCAGACCCACGCACCUUCACUUUAUCCAAUCCAGUCCAUUUCUGUCCUGUAGAUAGAGACUGCGCUCCAUUUCAGUGAGAUUGUGAAGGUACUGAGAAGGGACAAAAGACUGUCACAAGGCAGUGGACGUACUGUGUUGUCCCAGCACAAUAUACCUACAAUGGCGUCAAAAAAAGAUGGACCUGAACUCACUGCCAGCUACUGUGGACUCAGCUUCGAGAAAGGAACAGGAAGUUUGAUUAUUUCCCCAGUACGAACAGCUGGGGAUGAACAAUACGCUUCUAUGGGUUUGUGAAAUAAGCAAACAGAAAGAGCAAAUACAGUCGGUUGGAUGUCAAGAUGUCUUGUAGAGGGAGGAAAAACCAUGGAGGAAAAAGACUGAGAGGGUUUUGUCAGGACUUCCAGCUACAUGAAAGCUGAUCAAUCACAUUCAAUCGUUUUGCUCAUAGGGUUAUACCGUAAGGUUCUCAUGUUCUCCAUCAAAUAUGUGAAACUCAUCUCUUUCUACUGUUACUGUGAUACUGUGACGGCCCGAACUACAGCGAUCGCUCCUUUCACAUGUGUAGUUCGACCAUGGACUUUCCUGAAAAUACACAGGGCAACUGCUGUUGUGUUGUUUUUGCUGUCUACUUGGAAAAGCUGGUCGAAAACAGCCUUUUUUUUCCGAGCCAAAGGGAAUAAGGGAAAAGAUACAACAUUUUUAUAAACACUGGUUGCAGUGUGGAGACAAUGGAUUUUUAUACACUGGGUUUCCUAUCCAGACCAUGAUGCUCACAUAGAUGUGUAAAGAAUGACAUGCCAUGACAGUAUAUAGAUUCCUGAAGCUGCUGAAUAAGACCAACCAUAAAGCAGCCGGGCGGAGAUUGGUGAUUAGAGAGACGGAUAGCGAGGGAGGGAGAGAAAGAAAUUCUUGAGGGGAGGGAAAGUUCUUACAAGCGGCCUAAUGAAGACCUCAAGGAAUGAAAGAGACAGCACCAGCAGAGCACAGAAAAUCUGGACUACUUUUUGUGUGUGUUUGUGUCAGUGUGAAUGGACCUAGUAUGUGUGCUCACAUAUUUGGCCUCAUAGGGAUAUCUGUAGAAAACGAGAUGCGGUCGGAGUCGGUGAUGACGUGGUUGACAGGUUCAGUGCCGCUGCUAGCAAACCCAUCACGGGUCAAACAUCGGAGGUUUCCGUCAUGUAACAGCAGUCAAGUAGAAAACGUUUAACAGUGGCGAUUCUGUCCCGAUUGGUCUCGAAUUUCUAUUUAAGUUCAGAGUCUUUGGAUACUGUUGACCCGUUGACUUCCAUUAAAUACGAGAGUAGUGGCGAACAUUAGCUUCCGAUUACAAGCAAAUCUGCGUCGUGGCUUCUUUUGAGCUCAACUUUGGCCACCUUUAUUUUAAUACAACAUUAUUUCCCCUCCAUAGACACUCAGUACCUACAUACUGCAAAUAUAUAUAAAUACUCUUCGGUGGGCCAUUGGCUCUAUAACUAUUUUGAUAUGCAUUUCACGAUAGAUAGGGACUAAACAGACGUUUAUUUUUAAUGAAAAGAGUCACACGUUGCCCUUUCUAUGUCUGGAAUCAUCGUGAAGAUAAUUCAGACAACUUUAUUGUUUGUUGGUAGUCACCUGACACCUUAUCUCGAUUACUUACAUUAUUAAAAUGCCAAUUUUGGAAGCAAUGGUGAAGUCUUCAUGGUUUAUUUGAACACUGAAUUAGUAGUCUGGCAACUGUUGGACAACGAUUGAAAUUCUUCAAGAUAAGCGUCUAUUAUAAGUCCAGAGUGACAUUAUAAUAUGUCUCUACUCGACAAUAGAGAACUGAUUGCGCCUUUAUUCUCCACAGCAUUGUUCUAGCCCUCACUGCUGAUGCCUCUGCAUGCAAACUGCCAGACAAUGCUGCUAAAAGCGCUGGAGUCACGGCCAUUAUUUCUUCCGCCAAGCCAUACAUAUAAGACCUGUGGGUGGGAAAACACCACAAAGCUUGCCAAACUGCAAAGAUCAAGAGGAACAUUGUGUAAUGAUGGUUUUCCUCAGAGGGGCCUCUCUUCAAGAAUCACAUCUUAGCUGAGUCAAUACGACAAAUCUUUUGCGAGUCAUUCUAGCCAUCAUAGGUUCAAUCAUUUUAAAGUAAGCUUUUAUUUUAUUUGCGUAGGAUAUUUAUUUAGUGUAUUUCAAUGUCUUCUUCUGUGCGAAAGUGUUAGUCUGAGUAAGUUGUACAUGUUGUCCUCCCCAUGGAGCACUUUGAUCAAACUCGCGGGUAGAAAGAAAGGAUUUCCAACCCUCGUUACUGAAAGAUUCAACUUGUUUAUCUGGUUUUUACCACUUCAGAAAGCUUUAGCAAAUAGUCAGAGGAAGGUGCCAGGAGUUCAGGAUGAGAACGCCUGUAAGGUGGUACUGACCAGCUUCUAGAAUGUCCUCGUUUUUUCUUUGCUUCAAACAGUAUUUAUGAUGCUGCUUUGAUGAGGUCAUGAUUAUUUGAUGAAGGGGUAUUUUGUAGUCCCUAUUUGGAGCUCUAAUUUAAGGAAAUAGAGACAGCAUUUAAUAUCAAUGUGAAAUAUUUAUGCCGUGUUUGUUUAUACGUACUGAGCGAUGGAGGCAGAAUGUUGGUUUCAAGAAGAAGAAAUGGUGGUAAAAUGAGAAAACACACACCUUGAUUUAUGUCUUGUUUGGCCUGAAUUACACUGCAGACCCACACUCAAAAUACGAGAACAGAUUAGACUGAGAAACAGGCCUUGCAUGUUCUCGAGAGCACUUGAAACUAUUCGAGACCCUUUGCUUUUAAUUACAUCUUCUCAAGCGUUUUGCCAGCAAAGGAAGACAAAUACCUGAUCGUAUUGUUGCCAUCCGAAGGCCUUGGUGAUGUUUUGAAAAGUACCACAAUUUGUUUUUCUCUUUGUGGAAGCAAUCAUUUUUCCUCUCUGCCGACUAAUAUCUCAUUUCGCCUUUGGCAUUGGACUGUGUUACCUGCUGCUAUUUGUCUCGGCCCAGAAACACUCGUGUGGCUCAUGGCAGUUCAAGAACACACCACGGCGCUGGUGUUUUAUGACUGAUCACUUUUUUUAUUUAAUACUUUCUACCGUUUCUUUCGAGCCAAGGUGCAGAGGCAUGUAGCCACGUUGUACUGAAGUGAAUCCUUCUAUAUUUCAUCCAUAACGGCCGAGUCUAAUGUAUAGUACAAUAUCACCUUGCAUGGUACCCAAAGUGAGUGUUUUACUGCCUCCACCUUUGUAUCUCCCCACUGACGACAGUAUUAUAUUUAAAUGGGAGAAAAUACCCACAUUUUUGUAUGAGAUUCAGUAGCACAAACUGGGAGUCAUUCUUUCUGAAAUCUUUCAUGGGAUUUAUUUUGUGUAUAGCACCCUUUUCUCAGUGUGUUUCCAUAUUAUUGAGGAUUUCUUCAAGGACCUUUUUGUGUUUUUACCUGCGCUUUAUUUAACACGUUCAUUAUUGCGAUUCCUUCGGUGGUAAUUGCACAACUCAUCGAUUUCAUGUCCCUGUGUUUUAAAUUAUCAGAUCCGUAUAAAUGUACAGAAUCUUUGGGGUUUCCUCCGAACCUUAUCUAACACACUUCAACAACAACAAAAUGUGAAUAGUAUUUUUAUAAAGCACUGAAACAGGCGACGUUGCGAAUUUGUAAAUAUGGAGGCUUUGGAUUUGUAUGGUCUUCUCUCCUGCUGUUUUUCUCCCGCUUAUAACAAGUUGUACAAAAAGAGGCGUACAUAUUUGCUUUAUGUAAUGUAGCUUUUGACUAAUGGGGAUUUGAUUUUAAAAAGUGCUUGUUGACCCUUUUUUUCUCAUGUAGAAACUCUUGUGAAGCCCCUUUUUAUUCCCGAGCUUUGUGGCCGUCCUCAUGUAAUGUUUCAGUUGUAGCUGUUUAAAAAGUAAGGUUGGUGGGAGAGGAGGGGGGGUUCACAUGCUUUGCUUCCCCGUGCCAGCCACAUUUCAUUUGUCACUCAGUGAUGGGAACAUUACAUAAUCUUCCUCUUUAUCUCUCCCCCCUUUUUAAUUCCCGUAAACCUGAAACCAGUGCUGCCAACCAACCCAGAUAAACUGUGUUACCUUCUCUGCUUACUUUCCACAGGAAAUAUUAGAGCCACGUCCCCCACCCCCGUUUAAAGGCAGACCACAGCCCACUUCAUUUCUGAUUUGUUUUGCAUGCUUUCAGAGGAGACAAAGUAGAGAGAAAAAGCAUUCGGGGGUAACUUGACCGUUAGCUUCCCGUGUCCCUUUAUCUCCCCGAGUUAUUUGAAACCAUACCCAAAGCUUUAUAUCAUAGAAAAUACCGUUCCUCAUGUUUGUUACAUGAAUCUGU